GCGCCGCCAGUUAACACAAUGCAGCGCCGCUGUGGGUUCUCUGGGGUUAUCACAUUGUGUUUCCUCUUGUUGUUGGAGUGUCCAAAGGUGGCCGGUAAGGUAUCCAUUCCACAUAAUGUUACUGACCUACAUUGGCAUCCCGCCACCGCCACUUGGUACGGCAGUCCUAACGGUGAUGGUAGCGACGGCGGAGCAUGUGGGUACGGGUCGUUAGUCGACGUGAGGCCGCUGAAGGCCAGAGUGGGAGCGGUGAGCCCGGUGCUGUUCAAGAACGGGGAAGGCUGCGGAGCUUGCUACAAAGUUAAGUGCCUAGAUAAGAACAUAUGCUCGAAGAAGCCCGUGACCAUCAUUGUAAUGGACAGGAGUCCUACGGGGCCGGGAGUCAUCGGCCGCACCCAUUUCGACUUAAGUGGUGCGGCCUUUGGUCAUAUGGCUGUACGUGGUCGGAGUUCGCAGCUCAGGAACUUAGGUGAACUCCGAGUUUUGUAUAGAAGGACCCCAUGUAAAUAUCCCGGGAGCGGGAAGAGUAUCGCUUUCCAUGUGAAUUCUGGCUCAACUGGUUUCUGGCUAUCUCUUCUUAUAGAAUUUGAGGAUGGAGAUGGAGAUAUUGGAUCAAUGCAUAUAAGAGAAGCAAAUUCUAAUGAACGGCUAGAGAUGAAUCAUCUGUGGGGAGCAAAUUGGAACAUAAAUGGGUGACCUUUGAAGGGACCAUUCUCAGUGAAACUAACAACAUUAUCAACAAGAAGAACACGUUCUGCAAGAGAUGUCAUUCCCAGGAAUUGGAAGCCAAAAGCGACCUAC